AAUCGCCGAGGUUCAGAUACAUAUGGACUUGCAGGUGCAGUGCAUCGCAUAUUGGUGGUAGCUUCGUUUGCUUUUCGAACUUCACAGCUUCAACAAUAACAACAACUACUUUUACAAACACGCAGGACAACAGGUUAUAUUACUUACCCCUGAUACCGAAGAGAUAAUUUGAUUUGAUUUAAUUUAAUACCCUAAAGGCUCUUUAAAUCUCUAUUGAUAUGCUAUCACGACGGUAAACAUCCUAUAACACUUGCACCACAAUGGCCACCGACACAGCGCCACCACCACCCUCCAACAUCCCAUCCUCCUCUCCCUCCUCAUCAGAACCGCCGACAUCAUCGUCACCAUCCUCCCCAUACCCCUACGCUUUCGCCCCCGACAUAAUCCGCGCACACCAAAAAGACGCCUACUUCCAAGGCCUUCUCACGAACCAAAUCGCCGACCUGCACCGACACCUCCUCGGCGCCCGCUCCGCCCACGCCUGGGCCCCCGAGUCCCGCACCCUCGCCGACCUCCUCUACCUCUCUCUCACAACCCUCAUCGGCAACCGCACCCUAGGCGAGGAGUACUGCGGCCUAGUCCAGGUCGAAUCCGACACGGGCGCUCUGCCCGCGCUGAGCCGCCGCGCCCUCUACAUCGCCGGGAGCAUCCUCGCGCCCUACGGCCUAUCCCGCCUCCUGCCCAGGAUCCGCGCUCGCAUCCGCGCGCGCCUGCAGCAGAACCUAGGACUCUCGUCGACGACGGCGGCGGUGAGCGCCGACGAGAUCAACAACGCUCUGCUGAAAUCCCGACAGCAGCAGCAGACCUGGUCUUACAAGCUGCAAGCGUACCUCCUCACGCACCUCCCCUCGCUAACCUCCGAGUCCCACGUCCACGCCGUCAGCCUCGCGCUGUUCUACUUCGGCGGGUCGUACUACGAGCUCGCGAAGCGGGUCGCCGGCCUGCGCUACGUCUUCACGCGCAAGGUGGGCGAGUCGUCCGACCGCGCCGGGUACGAGCUGCUAGGCGUGCUGCUGGCCGUGCAGAUGGCCGUGCAAGGAUACCUGCAUGUGCGCACCGCCUUCUUUGCUUCUGCAACAACACCCUCUUCCUCUUCCCCCGCUAGUUCCGAGCGCGCCAGGCCCGACGGCAUCCUCGCCGUAUCGCUCGACGGCAAUACCUACGCUUCUAAUAACGAGCUCCUCCUCGCAACGGCCGCGGGCGCUUCCCAGGGAGCAGCGACCCGUAUUGAUGUCUUGGCUGCGACGCACACGCCAGCUCCGCCGGGAGGCACCGGCAACCCCCGAUACGACUUAUCCGAUGAGAAGGGUAUGCGCUGGAUCAAGGGUACGCAGCAGCGCAAAUGCACGUUAUGUCUUGAGGAGCUCAAAGACCCGUCCGCCACACCGUGCGGUCACGUCUUCUGCUGGGCCUGCAUCGGCGACUGGGUCCGCGAGAAACCCGAGUGUCCGCUGUGCCGUCGCGAGGCUCUAGUCCAACACAUUCUACCACUACGGGCUGUUUGAUACGACGUGUACAUAGGUAUAUAUAAUAUGGAUAGGGGGCGAGUUUUUGUCAUAGCCAGGAGGGAAUAAUACACCAUACAUAGCAUCGCGAUGUUUUAUCAUAAUGAAAAAACAAGAG